AGAGAAGGGGGGGGGGGGGGGGGAGGCGCUCGUUGUGUGUGUGCCCCCCCUUCCCCAGUCCCUCCCUCUUCAUCUCCAUCCCUCCUCCUCGUCCUCCUCCUCCUCGUCCUUCAUCCUCCUCCUGCUCGGGGCCGGGGAGGCAGCGGCCGGCUGGGUGGCGAUGAGCGGGGGCGAGGUGGUGUGCGCCGGCUGGCUCCGCAAGUCGCCGCCGGAGAAGAAGUUGAGGCGAUACGCAUGGAAGAAGCGCUGGUUUGUCCUGCGCAGCGGUCGGAUGAGCGGCGACCCCGACGUCCUGGAGUACUACAAAAAUGACCACUCCAAGAAACCUUUACGGGUGAUCAACCUCAACUUCUGCGAGCAGGUGGAUGCGGGGCUGACCUUCAACAAGAAGGAGCUGCAGGACAGCUACAUCUUUGACAUCAAGACCAGCGACAGGACCUUCUAUCUGGUGGCCGAGACCGAAGACGACAUGAACAAGUGGGUUCGCAGCAUCUGCCAGAUCUGCGGCUUCAACCAGUCCGAGGAGAACACAGAUACCCUGAGGAGCAUCGCCUCCAUGAACCAUGCGCCACGGUCCUCGCCGGCGGAGCUCAGCGGUGCCAACCACCACCUGCUGCGCGAGCGCAAGUCCUCGGCGCCCUCCCACUCCAGCCAGCCCACCCUCUUCACCUUCGACUCGCCCGCUGGCCACCUCCAGAGCACCCUGUCCGCCAGUGCCCCCCAGGACUACCUGUUCCUCCACCAGUGCAUGAGCAGAAAGUCGGAAAACGCCAGGAGCGCCAGCUUCUCCCAGGCCACCAGGUCGUCCUUCUUCAUGCGCAGCGACACGGCCGUCCAGAAGCUCUCGCAGGGCAACGGGCACUGCGUGAACGGGGUGGGCGCGCAGCUCCACGGCUUCUACAGCCUGCCGAAACCCAGCCGGCACAACUCGGAGUUCAGGGACAGCGCGUACGACCUCCCGCGGGCUUUCGGCUCCUACUCCCACCCCAAAUCGAGCCUCACCAGCUCCGAGACGGACAACGAGGACGUCUACACCUACAAGACCCCCAGCAACGCCCUGUGCAAGGAGUUCGGGGAGCUCUCCACGGACUCCUACGACGUCCCUGCCACCCCGCUCUCCGUUUACCAGAUCCCCAGGACGUUUACGCUGGACAAGAACCACAACGCUCUGGCCGUGGCCGCCAGCGACUCGCCCGCCGCGCCGCCCCCCCGGCCCCCAAAACCCGGGCAGACAGAGCCACGGUGGGGCAGCCCACCCCAAAGACCCCAGCCCGGGGAAAGCUUAGGGCUGGCCCCCAUGGCAGCCACCAUUCCCCGGAGAAACACGCUGCCGGCCGUGGAGAACAGCAGGCUGCACCGAGCUUCUUCUUGCGAGACGUACGACUACCCCCAGCACGGGGGCGGCAGCGCCGUGCAGUCGGUGGAGUCCAUGCACGACGGGUACAACUCCUACCUGCAGGCCAAGGCCGUGGUGGCCCGCUCCCACAGCGCCGACUCCGAGGACAACUACGUCCCCAUGAACCCCGGUUCCUCGCCCCUGAUCCACACCGAGAAAGCCAACGACAACUCCCAAAAUCUCUACAUCCCCAUGAGCCCAGGACCGCAUCACUUCGACCUGGUGGGGUUGUCCUCGGCCACCCUCCCCUUGCACAAAGGAGGAGCCAUGGCGCAGUGCCACAGGAGGUUGAGUGAAAUCCAGCCCCCGCCAGUCAACCGUAACCUCAAACCUGACCGGAAAGCAAAGCCAUCACCACUGGACCUGAGGAACAACACCGUCAUCGAUGAGCUUCCCUUCAAAUCGCCAGUCACAAAAUCCUGGUCCAGGCCAAGCCAGACCUUCAACGCCGGCUCGCUGCAGUACUGUCGCCCUGUCUCCUCCCAGAGCAUCACCAGCACUGACUCAGGAGACAGCGAGGAGAACUACGUGGCCAUGCAAAACCCCAUUUCUGCUUCUCCUGUUCCUAGUGGCACCAACAGCCCAGCGCCUAAAAAGAGUUCUGGGAGUGUGGAUUAUCUGGCCCUGGACUUCCAGCCGAGCUCACCAGGGCCACACAGAAAGCCCUCCACCUCAUCGGUCGCCUCGGACGAGAAGGUUGACUACGUGCAAGUGGACAAGGAGAAGACGCAGGCGCUGCAGAGCACCAUGCAGGAGUGGACUGACGUGCGGCAGUCCUCGGAGCCCACCAAGAGCACCAAGCAGUAGCACCCGGGGCGGGCAGCUCAGCGGGCAAAUAUCCUCGUGGUUUUCCCAGCUCUGUUUGGGCUGGAUCCCUGAGACUGUUGUCUGCCGAGGGGAGGGGGUCUUCACGACUUUUUUUCUUUUAAGACAAAAAAGAAACUUAAUUUCAGGGGAAGACUUGGCGGAUACUGUUUGCCGAUGGUAAAGAGCAACCACGUUCGGUGGCUAGGUUUGUGCUUUAGCUGCUGGAUGCGCCAUCCAGGAUCUUCAACGUAGCAAUACCAGGUUUCACCCUACACGUCUGUUGCUUACAGCUAUUAAAGCCACCUUGUACGUGCUAACAUCAUCUCUCCCCGUCUUCUUCCAUGCCGUACCCCCAAACCAUGCCAUACACGUCUGACAGCACCUCUCACAGGACCUCAUUCCCGCAUCUCCUCAUGGUUACCCUCUUCUCUGCCUCCUCCCAAACCCCAAAACUGAGUAAGGACCCUUCCUGUCUGACUUUACUUUCAUCAUCCCAUCUCUUGUAAAUAAUGACGUGUUCAAAUCUUCUGACAGCUGUUCCCCUGGUGGGACAGCCCCUGUGUUUCUGGUUUUGGUUGUUAACCCUCAGGGGCUUGACGAGUGUCCAGACUGCCCCAUUGAGCCCAGAACUUGCCCCACCAUACCCGUAUAUAUGCCAGCAUGUGCUCACACGUGCAUGCAUGCAUGAAACAGCCAGGUUAGUUGGGGUGUCUUCUGCUGUUGAUGCUUUCCUGCAUCUCUCAAAGUUUGGAGAGAGAGGCUUUGGAGAAUUUAAGCCUAUCUGAAGUCAUUUGCCAGUGAAUCUGGCCCUAAAAACCCAAAUCUGCCUUUUGUGGCAUUAAAAGAAGGCCACAGAGGAAGAGUCCUACAUCCCUGGCCACCAUGAGAAGCUCAGUGGUUGAGUACGAGGAGUGUAGAGAGGUUCUGUAGACCAUGAAUGUCCGGCCUGGCACGAGGAUGAGUGGGAAGGAGGGAGAAGGAGGCUGUUGUGGGGACCAGGAGAAGGCAGGUGCUGUACCUUAGAGGUUGGAUUGGGGUGAAGAAGGUCUGGUGAGGUGCAUCUGAGAGAAAAAAGGAGUGGAGUAACUGAAACGUUGGUCGGUGGUGAGGCCUUGGGCUUGGGAAGAGGUUGGUGAGAAGAGCCAGGACAGGGUGUCUCAAUGGGUGUUAGCUUUAAUGUAGCAUAAAAGUCAGUUGUUACUGGGCACAAAGGGCCGGACUUUGUAUUUUUCCCCAUCUUCAGUGAUGUUUCUUCAACACAAAUAGGACUUUUUGACCAUUGUGGAUGGGAAUCUGCUGUAGUCCCACCUGCAUCCUUGACACAACCAGGCUUUGGGAUCGCUCCACGAGAAGCUGGAGUGGAGAAGGAAGAAGAAGGAAGAGGCAGCUCGCUGCAGAAAUAAGAAUUUGGGAUCUCACUGAAACAGGAAGGCCUAACGGUCGGCAUGGAGAGGCCUGGCUGCCAGACAGUGGGCACUGACACGGACACACAGGCCAACUGCGAGCUGGGAGCUGAACAAAGAUCAUUUCUGUUAGAAAGAUCAAGUAGUGGUUUUUGUUAAAGAGCUUGAGUUCUUCCUUCCAGCUGAACCCUGCCCCACACAGGCUCUGCCUCCCACCACCACCACCAAGAAAAACAAACCUUUGCGUUGACUCUUGAUGCUCAAGUGCUAGCACGUUUGCUUAAUCUUGGCCUGAAUUUGGAAGGGGCCAGAGAUGGCCCACGCAGGUAUGGGAUCUGGGCCCUUAAGUGCUGAGUGCUGCCUUGAAAGUCUCCAAUUUGCAUCCCCAGUUUACGUUUUCUUCUCUUUUGCCAUGAAAUGGAAGGAUAUUAAUGGAAAAAGCUCCAAUAACCCAUGUAAGACAUUGCAGUGUUGGCCUUUUACAGGAAUAAUGGAGCAAAUAUCCUAAUGCUUUUGGUAAAAAUAAUCAUCAUCUAGGGGGAAAAAAAAUGACCCAAAGGGGAAAAUUUAGCACAGACAGAUGCUUUGUGAAGGCCGGGGAGUGUUACAGCCUGCAGGGGCCUUUGCCUCUCAUUGAGGGCUUGCAUGGUGAGAUAAUGAAAUGAAGAGCAGGGAGCAGGGCUCUCUGUAGCCCCUUUCAUCAUCACAUCUCAGGGGAGACGGAACAUUGUUCUGGUCCAGAGCCUGCUGAAGUCACUGCAAAGACUCCCGUGAAGCUCGGUGAGCUCAUCAAGAGGCCGUGGACAGAUCCUGUGGUCUCGGCAUCCCGUGAGGGAAAAGCCAAGCCCAAGGACCUGCUGGGUGUUGGCGUGGCUGGAAACGAGCUCUGCACCAUCCCUGCUGAAAAGCAAACGUGAUUCAAGCAGGAACUUGCUUUUCCUAUGUCACCCUCUAUCCUGCUGUACACAGAAGAAGAUCAGGGGUCAAGAAGACAAGGGUCCCAAAAGCACCCUGAAAGCAGGGAGACAAGGGAGAGGCAGCAGCAACCCUCAUUUCUGAGGACGCAGUGGCUUGAAAGCCAAAACGGAUGGGUUUUGCAUUUCCAAUUUCCCAGAAACAAAUAUAUUCCUCCUUUUUUUCUUUUUUUUUUUUUUUUUUUCCCCCUGCUGAGCAUCAAGCAAACAGCCCCUCCAUACCAAGCAGCAACUCGCCGACUCCAUCCCUGCUGUAUGGACGUGACUGUAGCAGCCCCUCCUGAAAGAAAUCGAUGGCUGCAGUGGAAAUAGUCAUUCCUGCCAGUUGCCGGGCUGAUUAGAGCAGUCCCCGAUGAUUAAUGUUUGUGCAGUAUUUAGUCUUAAACUGUAUCGAAAAGCAGCUGGUUUAAUUACACGGCCUGCCAAGAACUUUGUCCUGAAGGCAUUGAGUUUAUCACAUCCACUUUAUACUCAGAUGCUCAAGUAUGACUGGCUCUUUUGUUAGGAGUAGGUAUUUUAGGAAGCCGAGAGCACUGCUAAUGAUUCAUUUUAAUUGCAAGCAAAAGACCUGGCUCGAAUCCUUAUGUCAGAGCCUGCACUUCAGCUUUAUGGGCUCAUUUUAAGAGAAGGGCUGUGCUUUUGCGUGUGUGUGCUCAUGGAGAAGGGUCGAUUGCAGGACAAGCACUACAACCUCAGUAGUUCAUUUUAGAAAGCAUCAGGGCCGUGUCAGAAAGCUCCCCCCGAGCUUUAGAACUGCUAGGUUUGUGGGUUUAGAGGCAGAAACUUCCCAAAAUACAUGUACAUAUCCCAUGUUGUGAGUCUGCACCUGCUGCUCGCAGCAACUCGUGCGACGUGCGAGUUGUCUUGGAACCAAUUUGCUCUGAAUUGGCAUUUGAACAUUCAGGGGAAAAUAAAUUGCUGGCUCUGAAAGGAUACAGGGAUGAGGUUUAGUCUCAAACAGGAGAAAGAAAAUACGUGUGUGUGCAGAUUGUGCUGGGGCAGACUGGCAGAUGGGGCUGGGUUGCCUGGAGGAUAACUGGGAUGGGUUUGGAGCCUCACAGGCACCAACCAGGGUUGUCUAUGGGCUGGGAGGAGAGAAGGCAGGUGUGUUUGCCAGAAAGGUUUGAGUCUUGGUCUUCCACACCUCCUUUGGCAUGUCUGAAGUCAGAUCUGCAGAGGGGGUUUGUGGAGGGAAGGGUUUUGCUCAGUGAAGGCCUCGUGCUGGUGGGAGGGCAGCACCCACUGCUCUCAGGCCUUACCCAGAGCACUUCAUCCUUGAGGUGUGCAGGAGAAGCCCUACAGGGAGAUACUGAGAUGUCUCCGUCCUUGAAGGUAUUUUAAGACCUGACUGGGUCAAGGCCUGAGCAAGUGGGUCAUACCCUACUGCUGACCCUGUUUAGGGCAGGGAGUGGGACUAGAAACAUCCCUUCCCCUUGAAUUCCCCUAAGACCCUGCUGCUGCGUCUGAGUGAGGCCUCCUCCAUGUGAGGGAAGGGGCCAAAGGCAGUGCCUGGAUGUCUGUGGUAUCCUAAAAUCUUCUCUGGCCGUGACGUGAAAAGGCACAGCUCAACACCUAAGGUCAUACACCCCGGUGAGGAGGCCAAAUCCACACUGGGGCCACCCCUUGCACCUGCAGAGGGCUGGCUGGCCCGGGCCAAGUCAUCCAGGACACGGACACACAGUCUGAGCCACCGGGGAACAGCCUGAACCUGUAAAGUUGUUAGGAUAGACACUGACUGACCCAGGGCUCUCUGGAGCCCCACCUGAGCCCUGACACCCCAGGGUCCCACUCCCAGGAGCGUACCAGGAGGAGCUGGUUCCUUUUCUCCACCCAUUGAGCACGGCUCAUGGGCUGGGAUUGCAUUAAUUUUCUUUGUAGUAGCUUUUUAUGGUGCUAUGUUCCGGGUUUGUGACGAGAACAGUGUUGGUGACACCCCAGUGUUGUAGCUGUUGCUGAGCAGCGCUCGCGCAGAGCCAAGGACCUUCAGCUCCUGGUGCUGCCCCACCAGCGAGGUACCUGGGGGUGCACCAGGAGCUGGGACACAGCCAGGAGCUGACCCAGGCUGGCCAAAGGGACGUCCCAUGCCAUACAAGCACCAUGCUCAGCAAUAAAACUCGUGGGGAAAUUUGCCAGGGCUGCCAUUGCUCAGGGACUGGCUGGGCCUUGGUCAGCUGGUGGUGAGCAAAUGCAUUGUGCAUCGCUUGUUUUCCUUGGUUUUCUUUAUUUUAUUUUUUUCCUGGCACAGGCUGCCCAGAGAGGGGCUGGGGGCUCCUCCUUGGGGAUCUCCAGCAGCCGCCUGGACGUGGGGCUGGGCCCCCUGCUCGGGGUGGCCCUGCUGGAGCAGGGCUGGCACCACAGGGACCCGUCACCACCAAGCACUUGGUGAGAGCCUUGGUGUCAUGAUUUCUCCACAGCCUGAAGCAGUCCAGCCCCUCAACAGCGUGUCCUUUGUGUCUCAUCCUUGUAGCUGUGAUUUUAUCUCCUUCGUUUUGCAGCUCUGAGAGAUGUGCUAUCAACCAGGCUCCUGCCUCAGAGCUUGCUCUGAGAAGAGCUGAUGUGUAGCGAGGUGUCACCCAGCCAACCCACAACCUACGUGGGAGAGCUUAUCCCCAAACCCAGGGGGUAACAAACCAUCCUUUUUAGUGUUGGCCUUUGGGUGACACCACACUUCAUCUUCAGAGGGGCCAAGGGAGUGCGCCUGAACUCCCUGUAUCCUGCUUUCUCUCCAGCCUGUAAAAUGAAGAUUUUUAGUGCUCGUUUCCCCACCUCACAGUGAGGUUUAAGUAGUUGACAACUACAUUGUCACAUUGUCCCUGAAAACACGUUUUAUCUGAGAGCCCUUUGGACACGCGGAGCAUCGUGGAGAGGGAAGGGAGCGGGACCCUGCAGAGCCCCCCGACAAAUCCCAUAGGGUUAGGACCAAACCUUUAGCUUAGCUACAUCCCACUCAACCCAGCCCUUGGCAAAGUCCCCCCUGACUCUGGGCAUCGUUGCGUGGGAAGGGACCCAGCCAAAUUAGGGUAGUUUUCACCCUCCCUUUCUUAACCUGCUGCGAGGAAGGGUCGGAGCCCCGGCUUCGGAGCCGUCGCAUCGGCAGCCGAUUCGCAGGGAUAUUUUUGUGUGUUUCGAAGCCUAUGACUGUUCUUAAAGAGGAGUAUUUUAUUUUUAUUUUUUUUCUCCAUUUGUAGAAGGAAGGACAAGAGUAAUCUGUGGCAAACUGUACAGUACGUGUCUUCUUGUGGUGUCACUGUUUGAAUGGUUAUUAAGUUUUCAAAUCACUGUGGACAGCUAAUCACUUAAGUUAUUAAUUUAUUCUUUGGGGUUUUGUUGUUUGUUUGUUUUUUUAAGUAAUUUGAAACAAUUAUUUAUCCUGUAAAUCGGUCUCGAGUGAAACCUAGGUAAUACUUUUUUUGCUGUUAAUAAACAUGGUACAUGCCUGAUGUGAAGGUGAUCUCAUUUUUAAGUACUGUAUAUGCAGCGGAAAAGCAACGGGAAAAUAAAAGAAUGAAACCAAAAA